AUGGCAGAUGAAGUUUUAUAUCUUUGCGGUCCUGAACCAGCAACUUCUGCUUUUUCUACGGAUUCAUGCAGUGAUCUUACGCAGUACUUUGUGACAGAUAUAAUUUUUGAAUCACGAGAUAAGGUUCUAGAAUGGACUCGUGCUAUUGGAAAAAAUCAUGGUAUUGUUGUUGUUACAAUCCGAUCCGAGUCUGCUAAUGGAAUGCGAGGGAGGAAGGAUAAAUUUAUUAUAGGUUGUGAUAGAGGAGGAAAUUACAAAAACAAAAAUGAAGUUGCGGCCCCUUCUGAUGGACAUUCUACUAUGAGGCUUAGAUGUCCAUUUAGGCUGAGAUCUGUUUUGAGUGGUAUUGGUUGGAAGGUGAUGGUUAAAUGUGGGAUGCAUAAUCAUAGACUAGAUACGGAUAUGUUAGGUCAUGACAUCUUGGACCGUCUAAAAGAUGAUGGGAGAAAGUUUGUGAAUGACAUGACGAAGUACAAUAUGGCACCAAGGUACACCGUGUCUGCUUUGAAAGACAAAGAUCCAGAAAAUAUCACAAGUAUUACCCCGAUAUACCAAGCUAGAGCAACAUACAGACUGGGCAAGAAAGGUGCACUGACAGAAAUGCAAAUGUUAUAA